AUGCGUUCUCUUCAGGUGGAUGUUGAUGUGAUGUCAGAGGUUCUUCUUGCUGGUGUCGGAAUGAGUCCUAGUUGGUGCUCCCAGGGGGAGAUGCCUGUGUUCUACACCAUCUCAAAGGGUAAGUUGGUGUCGAAUGCUCUGUUUCUAUGGAUUCUGUACUACGAGGUCGCUACUAGGGGAAGCUGGAGCACUGUGCAUUCAACCGCAUCGGAGAGCCGCUCGGGUUCGCACACUGUUGUUCCACCUACGACUGCAUCUCCUGGUCCUACUAGGUCGGCCGCUAAUGACGUAGUAUAUAGAAAGGUUGGGAUAGUAACCAGCACUCAUCGGAUUACCGGAAAAAGGAAAGUCGUGCAGGCAAUGAGCAGACCAGUGCCCGAGGGUGGGCAGUGGUAUGAGGGUAUUGAUCCUCCAUCUCCAUGGAGUAGUCCGGAGCAGUUGUUUCAGGGGUCUCCCCCUGCUAUACUUGUGUUUAUCCCGGGAUGGAGUUUGCGACCUGAUUCUCAUUUGUCUGUGCGCUCUGCUGCUUUAGAUUUUACCCGUCAUGCUCUCUCUCCAGCCACCUUGGAUGAGAUGGAUUCCAUGUGCAAUGUUGUUUUGGAGUACAACCUUGCAUACACCGCUAUGCAGGCUAUGCCAUAUUUUGCUGCCGAGUCCCGUCAUGUGCAACGGUUUGACGAUUUGGAACAUGUGAAUUCUUCACUGGUCGAGACUGAAGCUAGCUUGAGGAGUAAGGUGGCAGAUUUAAGUGCUAUGGUUGUUCGGCUGGAGGAUGAGAACAGGUCUUUGGUUUUGGGGAGGUUGGUGUUGGAGGAUAUGUGUGGUGUUUUGGAGGGUCAAGUGGAGUCCUUGACCCAGGAAAAUGAAGGUGUGGGUGGGUUAGGUGUAGGGACGGGUGGUGAUGGUGUUGGCUGGAAUGGCGGUAAUGGUGCUGGUGGGAGUGGCGGUGAUGGAGUUGAUGGGAGUGGCGGUAAUGGUGCUGGUGGGAGUGGUAGUCAUGGUGCUGGUGGGAGUGGCGGACAUAAAUAUUCUACCUAUUAUGAUAUGAAUCGCCAAAGUCUUCCUACUUCUCAAUUGGUCCAAUCAGAUCUGAAAAAUGCGAAAUAA